UAAGGAAUAACAAAAAAAAAAAAAUGGCUUUUUUUAGCAAAACCAUAGCAAUUUGCAUUUUGGAAGUUUUAUUUCUUCUUACAUUAAAGUGUUAUGCAGAUGAAAAUUGUGAAACUCUUCCAACAGAAAUUCACGUAACAAAAGAGGAAUAUGACGAUAUGGGAAGUUUAGUGAGAUCUUGCAGCGGAGAAGUUAAUGUCAACAAAUGUGAAGGGAUAUGCAACAGCCAAGUUCAGCCAUCAGUUGUUACACCCACAGGCUUCCUGAAGGAAUGUUUCUGCUGCAAAGAGAAUUACCUAAGAGAACGUCUGGUAACACUAACUCAUUGUUAUGAUGCCGAUGGCUUGAGACUUGUUGAUGAAGACCGUGCUAUAAUGGAAGUUAGAUUGAGGGAGCCCGCUGAAUGCAAAUGUUACAAAUGCGGAGACUACAAGUGUCAAAUGACUCCCGUAAUACAUGUUCUUCAACACCCUGGGUGCGUUCCGAAACCGAUUCCAUCUUAUGCUUGCAUUGGAAAGUGCACAAGCUAUGUACAAGUGUCUGGAAGUAAAAUUUGGCAGAUGGAACGUUCUUGCAAUUGUUGCCAAGAAUCUGGAGAACGAGAAGCAUCUGUGGUUCUUUUUUGCCCAAAAGCAAAGAGCGAGGAAAAGAGAUUCCGCAAGGUAUCUACAAAAGCUCCUUUGGAAUGCAUGUGUCGUCCUUGUGGCAGCGUAGAAGAAAGUUCUGUCAUACCACAAGAGAUCGCUGGAUAUGCAGAUGAAGGCCUUCUUCAAAGUCAUUUUAGAAAUAGUCUCUAAGCUCAUAUUCUGAAUGUCGAUCCACCCAAAAUAUUACGAAAAUCAUAAAAAGUGUAACGUGUAAAUAUAACAAUAAUAAAGACUCUUGACCUCUA